AUGGCCGAGCAUCAGAGACAGCGCUCCCUGUCCACCGCCGGCGAGUCUCUCUACCACGUGCUGGGAGUGGAAAAGCUGGCCACCAACGAUGACAUCAAGCGCUCCUACAGGAAACUAGCUCUGAAGUUCCACCCGGACAAGAAUCCGGACAAUCCGGAAGCGGCGGACAAGUUCAAGGAGAUCAACAAUGCCCACGCCAUCCUCAACGACCCCACCAAGCGCAACAUUUACGACAAAUACGGCUCGUUGGGGCUCUACGUGGCCGAGCAGUUCGGAGAGGAGAACGUCAACACUUACUUUGUGCUCUCCAGCUGGUGGGCAAAGGCGCUUUUCGUCUUCUGCGGCUUGGCCACCGGCUGCUACUUCUGUUGCUGCCUGUGCUGCUGCUGCAACUGCUGCUGCGGGAGGUGUAAACCCAGACCUCGCGAGGGCCAGGAGCAGGACUUUUACGUCUCCCCGGAGGACCUGGAAGCUCAGCUGCAAUCCGACGAGAGGGAGGCGGCGGGUGAGCCAAUCAUGCUUCAGCCCACGGCGGGGGCCACAGAGACCACCCAGCUGACAUCGGACGGCCACUACUCCUACCGCACCGACACCGCUUUCAACUAA